ACGAAAGAACUUGCUCCGUGACGACCGCGUCUGCGUCGUGCGGGAAGAAUAGUUUUCUCGGUCGUUCCGUCUUCUUUCAAGAGUUUGACUUGCGAGGAUACCGUGACCGCGCACAUGUCUGCUUCUCGGUUCAAUCUCUGAAUAAACUUGGAUUGAGCGAGCCAAGCGACAAGAAAUGCGUCGACAUUAGUAACUCCUCAGUACCCUCACCCUCAGAGACGAGCCCUACUCGUCAUCUUUCUGCAACAGCAACAAGUGAUAAGGCUCAACGAGCAGUUUUUCGAGUCGUAUUAAAAACCGUGUCAGGACGCUGCCUUACAGGCACAAACGUACGCUACCAGUGACCCAAAUUUCCUCACAUUUGCACAAACAACGUUAAUUCGCUUUUAGAUCACUUCGACGGCUGUCGACAACGCUUUGGCAGUCUAUUUCACCUCGAUAUGUUCUUGUACUGUUCUGCCCGACGACUUGACUGCAGUCUUGCACAUUACAAUGGGAGCAUUCGUCUAUCAUGGAGGGACUGUUUUGCAUUUUCGAUUUAAAAACGUCAUAUCAAAACUAACGCAAGACGUUGAAACAGGGGGGAAAGAACUAAACGUGUCCGGCGUUUCGUUUCAAUUGUUAAAUCGCUGUUCGGUCACUAGAAUAGACGAACCAUGUCAACUACAAUGUACAAUGGAUGAAACGGAUGAAGCAGACGACAGUACUAAGUCUGCCGGUCAAGAGCACUUCUCCGUCUCGUUUGUUGUGGCUACCGGGACAGCGGCGUCUAUGCUCACGUUGGUCGUCUUUCUUUCUGUCUGUUGUCUCUACCUCAGAUGCACAAAUCGGUCGACAAGUGAACGCAAUUUUCUACAUUCUGCUACGUCAUUUGUUGCGUCGGGUAGAAACAACCCGACCGCAGUCAGCGCGGCUGCAGUUGCAGAAGAGACAAGACGAGCUAGCACUGUGCCUGCGCUAUCAAGCACACUAAAUGAAGCAACAGAAAAUGGCCGGUCUAACGAUUUGUCAACUCAAGAUGAGACUCUAGUUUGAAAUAUCAAAGAUACGAGAAUCAGCCGCAAACAAAGUUUGAGUAUUGUAAGAGCUAGCUAACUAGAAUCUUCUUACCAAUAUGUAUAAAUCUUUUCUAACUACACAUCUCGUUGUCGGUUGUACGUCUAUGUCAUACUUCCGGUGACUGACCUCAUUUCCUAGAACCAUCUGACUCGUUUCCGACAUACGGGAAGGCAAGCAACAAUUGUGUCUGUGCUCUGAUGGCUCGUUACUCCCGACAACUAAAAGUAGGCAGUUACUUUGGUGUUAUUGCUUGCCUUGUAUUUGGGAUUGGAUCAGCGGAAAACACCCAGGGACCCCCAGACAUUGAAGUCUAUUGUGGGCGUCUGGAUAGUCUACCAGCAGGAAGCAGUACAGUCCCUUUCCUGUCCGGAGAAGAUGUGCUGCUAAUGUGCAGGGCAAUAUCUGGAGAAGAUAUUAAAGAUGUAACUUGGUCAAAAGACGGAUACCAUCUUAAUGUGACCGAUUGCCCUCCAGUUACAACUUCUCAUUGCACAAUCAAGGGAGGCAAGCUUCUGCUCAAGAAUGCUAACUCUACAGACUCUGCAAGGUACAGGUGUCAUACCAAGAAAUCCUCAGGACCGCUUUCCGUUGAAGUGAAUGAUUGGACGAACAAAACUGUGAUAUUGCCUCCGUGGAAUCAAACAGCCCAACAACAAUCCAAUGCGUCGAUUGUGUUUGUUGUCUCAAAGAAUGUAGAUAUUUACGCUUUCUACAAAGAUGACCAGCUGAUUAAAAUGGGACCUGCAAGGAGAUUUCAAAAUACCAUGGAUGGGCAGCUUCAUAUAGACAAUGUCUCACAGGAUGAUGCUGGGAAGUACGCUCUGAGGGUGAAAAAUUUGGAGACUCAACAAACAGCAGAAGCAUCCCUAGACUUCACGGUUUACUCCAUGGGGAUAUCCAGACAACGUAACAACACAAAGCCUACAUCGAUUAUUCCAAAAUAUGCUUCAUCUCAUCGUAUAGAAACUCCUUCAACUUUGCUUCCUCACCAGUAUGUACUGUCACCAAACCACACCACCGGACAUACAGCAACAAAACAAGCCGACGGUACUGUGAUAUUAAAUAACAAGUUUGACUUAUUGGAUGAAGCAAUUACUUCCACCACUGGCAAGGAUUUUGGACACGUUGCCAAUUCCAAUACUUUCCUAUAUUGGGUGAUACCUAUACUUGUGAUUUUUGUGGUGUGUAUCCUGCUAUUAGUAAUUUGCCUGUACAGAACGAAGAAUCGACAAAACGAGGGCUGGAAAUUAUAUCUAGGACAUUUACUAUCUAGGCUAAUACAGCAGCAGGGACAGAGCGACAAGCAAAACACAGCAGAGCAUCAGCAAACUCAGGACAUGAUAAUUGACCUGAGAAAAGACUGACUUGAUUAUGCAGUCCCUACGCAUGACUUUAGUGUAUAGAUCAACACAGCAACCAUGCACUUGGUUGCUUUGAUUAGCAGAUGCCCGGAAUGGGAGACUGUGCAGUCCGAGAGACCGCGGUUCAUGCAGUGUACAAUUUUAGUUGUGAACAUAUGCCUGUAUAUCAUUA